AUGUUCUUUCAGCUACGAGGAUACGAUUGCUACGGCACGAAGCUAGUCGAGGACAGCAAUAGGAACGUUAAAGACGAUGAUUUCGUCGACCGGGCAUCGGUCGCUAGGAGACGGUGCGCCGAGUGUGGGACGGAUGAUGCAAUGACUCUAUCAAAUGAAGACUUUGAUAAGUUAGAUUAG